UUUAAUUGCUUUAGAUUGUGGAAAGUUGCAUUUGGACUGGGCUACCAUGAAAAGUCUCAUAAUAGAAGCAUCAUUGCUAGAAAUUGUUUGGUCUGACACUAUUGAAUAUUUGCACAUUAACUGGAUGUCAAUAAGUGAUUAUUGUGUCUCUCUAAAGAUCUUUCCAUUGGAUUCCCUCCCAAGACUCAGGAAGUUGUAUCUCGGUAGGUUUCCUAAUCUGGAGAUGAUUUCACAGGAUCACGUUCACAAUCAUCUGGAGGAUAUGACAAUCAAAGAGUGCCCUAAAUUUGAAUCAUUGCCUGCAAACAUGCAUACGUUGCUUCCAUCUCUCAAUGAACUACUCAUAGAAGACUGUCCAAAACUUGAGUCGUUUCCUGCGGAAGGUUUGCCAUCAAAUUUAAAAUUUAUGAAACUCAAUAAUUGCUCUACACUACUUGUUGACUCAUUGAAUGGAGCAUUCAGAGACAAUCCUUCACUCGAAAGAUUGUCCAUUGAAAAAGUUGAUGCAGAAUGUUUUCCUAAUGAAGGUUUGCUUCCACCCUCUCUUACUCAUCUAACCAUCAUUUAUAGUCCAAAUCUAAAAAAACUGGACUAUAAGGGUCUUUAUCAACUCUCAUCUCUUCGAUCAUUGACUCUCAGUAACUGCCCCAACCUUCAAUGCUUACCAGAGGAAGGCCUUCCAAAAUCAAUUUCAAAUCUUCAGAUAAGUUGGUGUCGUUUGCUGAAAAAGCGUUGCCUUAAAGAAAGAGGCGAAGACUGGGAAAAAAUUUCUCACAUUCAAACCUUGUAUAUACGGUAGUGAUGGGUUUGUUUUAAAUAGUAAUGUAUUUGUUCGGCAACAAUUUAUUUUGUUUUUGAAUAUGUAUCAACUAUUUUUCUCUUUUGCUGGUACUCUCUGCAUAAAGCUUCUAACAAUUCAUUCACCCAUUCCAUCAAUUUAUUUUAACAUCAUAA